AUGGAAUCUAAACACUUAAGCCAAGACGAGUUUUUCGCUAAGCUUGGCGAGCUCUUCGCCCAAAGAAAAGGCGCAAGCCAUGGAGCGGUCUAUUUGACUCAAAAGCGUUGUGAGUAUCAGCCUCUUCUAACGCUGGGGGUAGAAAGCGAUGGUGUAGAUGGUAAUGAUGCCAUGGCUGAUCGACAUGUCGGGAACUCCAUGCCAGUCAUAAUUAGAGCAUCAAAUGGCAAAUCAAAGAGAAAUAGAUCUGAUAAGAUAAAGAUAUCAACGGUCGUCCAACCUGAUGACCUUGGCGGCUUUUACGCCAGAUAUGCCGAUGUUUGCAAAUCUGGGAUGACUGCACUGAGGCCCAGAGAUCGAAGCAAGAAGAAAGCUAAAGCAAGGAAGAAGAAAACUGUAUCUUGA